AUGACAGUGGCCUGGCGCGAGCCCGCGGCUGACGACAGCGCGGAUCCGCUCGGUCUCCAUGGAGACGGGCCGGCCGCCGAGCCGCCGCCGUCGGGGAAGAUUAAUAAAGCUGCUUUCAAAUUAUUCAAGAAGAGGAAAUCGGGUGGCACCAUGCCCAGCAUUUUUGGGAUCAAAAACAAAGGGGAUGGGAAGAGCUCGGCUCCGACGACGGGGAUGGUGAGGAGCAGGACCCACGACGGGCUGGCCGAGGUGGUGGUGCUGGAGGGUGGCAGGAAGGAGGAGCCGCGCGGGGCGCACGCUGUGGUGGCCGAGGACGCUUCCAGGACAGGUGACGUUACGCGAAAGACCGUCCCCCUGGUCGACUCCGAGGGCGGCAGCGGCCGGGCUUCCGCCGUCCCCGACCCUUCCUCUGUCGAUCCACCCUCAGACCCGUCGGCCGAUCGUAUUUGUUUGAUGUUUUCUGACGUGACUUCACUGAAAAGCUUUGACUCUCUUACAGGCUGCGGAGAUAUUAUUGCAGACCCCGAGGAAGAGGCAGGUCCCAGCUGUGACAAGCAUGCCCCCGGGCCAGGCAAGUCAGCACAGUCUAAAAAGACCCCCGGAGGCGUGGUGGCUUACCAAGGAGGAGGGGAGGAGAUGGCCAGCCCGGAUGGGGUGGACGACACCUAUCUCCAGGAAUUCUGGGACAUGCUGUCCCAGACGGAGGACCAAGAGCAAGGGCCCCAAGAGGCGGCGGCAAAGGCGGCCAUGGUCCAGGAAACGAAGGUGCUGCCGGAGACCUCCCAAGACCCCCGAUGUGUGGAGGUGGCCAAGGACGUGUCCUCGGUUAAGCGCAGGAGGCUCAGCAGGGUCCCUACCGAGCUGCAACCGAAGGAGCAGCCCAAGCACUCGGAGAAGGAGCCUCAAGAAGGCGUCCCCAACAGUGAUGAGGGCUACUGGGACUCCACCACGCCUGGCCCAGAGGAAGACAGCGGGAAGAAGGCGGGCAUCCCCCGGGACAGCGACAGCGGCGACGCGCUCUACGACCUUUACACGGACCCGGAUGCUAGCCCUGUCGUCCCUCCUGCCAGCGAGGAGCCGGCCUCCUCGUCCCGGUUGAAGCCGGUAUCUCCAGGCACCAUCACCUGUCCACUGCGAACGCCAAGCAGCUUACUGAAGGACUCCAAGAUCCCUAUUAGCAUCAAGCAUCUCUCCAACCUUCCAGCCAGCCACCCCGUGGUGCACCAGCAACCAGCCAAGAGUGAGUUGCGCAGAACAAAAAUCCCAGUCUCCAAGGUGCUGGUCCGCAGGGUCAGUAACCGGGGCUUGGCUGGUACCACCCUCCGGGCAGCAGCAUUGCAUGACAGUGCCAAAAAAUUGUGAGGUCUCCAGGCCAAGGUGGAUGGGUGGCACGCCCCAGGAAUACAGCUUUUCCUGGAAACCACUGACGGAAGUUUGCUUCUCCUAAAGAAAGUGAUUUAGGACCACCCCUGCUCCUAAACCUGGACCUCGGAGGUCUUUGGGCUGGGAACAGGGACAGGAUACACGUGUCAGAGAGGGGGAUGAGCCACCUGGAAUUCUCCUCUCAAGAUAAGUCCCUGAGAAUUAUUUUUGAGCACUUUUUUUCCUCUUUUUACCUUUUUAAAAAUCUUUUUUCUUUAUUUUUCCUUUAAUGCACUGAACACUUGGAAGUCACCUUCACUUGCCUUUGCAGAAAACAAGACAACCAAACCUAAGUAAGAGUCAUGCCAGGGUACUAGGCUGUGCUAGAGUCAGAGGGCCUGGAGAGAUCACUGCAGACUGGAGGAAGAACCCUUCCCUUCCUUCCCUUCCUUCCUUUUUCUUUCCAGGAAAAAAAAAAAAAAA